CCGCCCCCGGGGCCGGGGGAGGGACCGGAGCGGGGCUGCCCGGCGCUGCAGCGGGCGGAGCCGGGGCUCGGCGGGGCCGCCUCCCGGUCGAACCCAGCCGUACCGUACCGUACCGAACCGAGCCGAGGCGAGCCGUGCGCUGCCGGGCGGAGCGGAGCCCCGCCGAGCCCCGCACCGGGCGGCACCGGCGGUACCGGCGGCACCGGCCCCGGCGCUCUCCGCGGUGCUGAACGGCUCCGCCGCGCCCGCAGGACGCGCCGCCGGCGGGGCCCGGCCCGGCCCGGCCCGGAGCGGCUCGGCCCGGCCCCGAGCGGCCGCGGGGGAUGGAGCCCUUCCUCGGCUGCACCGGCGCCGCGCUCCUGCUCUGCUUCAGCUACGCCGGACUGCGCCCGGUGGAGGCAGCCCGUCGGCUCCAGUAAAUGUCACAGUCAAACACCUGAAAGCCAACUCAGCUGUGGUCACUUGGGAUGUGCUGGAAGACGAAGUUGUCAUUGGAUUUGCAAUUUCCCAACAGAAGAAGGACGUGCGGAUGCUGCGCUUCAUCCAGGAGGUGAACACCACCACCCGCUCCUGUGCCCUCUGGGACCUAGAGGAGGACACUGAGUACAUUGUGCAUGUCCAGGCCAUCAGCAUCCAAGGCCAGAGCCCUGCCAGUGAGCCAGUUCUCUUCAAGACCCCCAGGGAAGCUGAGAAAUUAGCCUCUAAAAAUAAAGAUGAGGUGACCAUGAAGGAGAUGGCCAAGAAGAACCAGCAGCUGCGAGCGGGGGAAAUCCUCAUCAUUGUCGUGGUGUUGUUCAUGUGGGCAGGGGUGAUCGCCCUGUUCUGCAGGCAGUACGAUAUCAUCAAAGAUAACGAGCCCAACAACAGCAAGGAGAAAGCCAAGAGCGCCUCGGAGAACAGCACACCCGAGCACCAGGGCGGGGGCCUCCUGCGCAGCAAAUUUCCAAAAAACAAGCCCUCAGUGAACAUCAUUGAAGCAUGACAGGCUGACACCUGAGAGAUGGACUCCAUCCCUCGCUCUCACCCUGCCUCUGAGCCGUGAUGACUGGGGAGGUGAAACAUUGUCGGAGCGAUUUGCAAA